AUGCCACGCCUCUUCAGCAAAAGUGAGCUCCGUCGCUUCGAAGACUGCGCCAAUGAGAACCAAACCCUCGCGGACUGCUGGGCAGGCGACCAGAUCGUCAUUGUGGCCUGCGAGCUAUCGGACAAAUACCAGUACGCCGACAAACGCAAUUCCAGAGCGAUAGAGAUAAACGUCAUGUCAUCCGCGGAUAAGCCUGUGUGGAGAUCGUUACCCCUUGAUACACGACAGUAUGAUGCUCUCAAGAGGCAUUGCAGCACCAGGACGAUUCGCAUGCUAGGGAAGUCGAAAGUCAAUAAGAGCCUCCAGCCGAAGCCUUGGUCGUGGUAUAACGCCGCUGCUGCGCAUGAGACGUUUGAGCUCUACGAGGAGGAGGCGCGAGCUAAAGCGCAGGAGGCUUUUGAUGCGCUGAGCGGCGAGAUGUAUGCGACAGUAUGUGUCGUGAGCUACGAUCUCCGCGAGACCAUGGCUGCUCUGGAUCUGUUCAAGGUCAAGUUGCCUUCUUCUAAGGUUGUGUUUGUGGACUUGAUCAAGGUGCUGGAGCAUCAGACGAGGGGCGAGGAGGUUAUUCCAGAGCGGCUGAGGAAGUACACUAAUGACAACAUUGCGAUGAGGAACGGGAGGCUUGAUAGGCGGCCGGGGACGCCAAGGGGCUAUCUCGGGAUGCCGAGCAUAAGGUUGUUGGAGGUGGUCGGGCCUGCUGCCGAGGGUCAUAGGGCGGAUCAUAAGAAGCUCGAAAAGGGGAACGUGGCCUUGGAGAGGAUUGCCAAAAGGAUUCGUAACGGAUAG